AUGGGUUCCAAAUCAUAUAUGACAUUCCAAUGUACAUAUCUUCCUGUCAAGGAAACUGAAAUAGGCAGUGUUAUCAGCAAAACAGCAGGGGAGGUGCAGAGGUGCGAACAGAGGCCCUCUGAACCGCCAGAUACCAGCUCGGCAAAUGUACAGCGCUGCGCGCCCAAACAAACAGCGGCCGUCUGCAUCUCGCCAAGGCUGCGUGAUGUGGACUGGGCAUCGGUGCGCCGUGAUGGGCAUAAUAUUUUUACCAAACUGAUACGAACGCGAGAUCCAAGAGAUGGUGAAGGAGAAGACAUUGCUGUACCAACCCGACAGCGACUCUCUCGAUGCCUCACCACAAUAGACCUGACGUCGUUGGGGGUCGGGUCAUGCGUUGGGACGGGCAUGUACUUAGUGGCGGGCAUGGUGGCUCGCAAGUUCGCGGGGCCUGGCGUAGCGCUCAGCUUUAUUAUAGCCGCUUUAGCGAGCAUUUUUUCUGGGGCCUGUUAUGCUGAAUUCGGAGUUAGAGUACCUAACACGACUGGAUCUGCCUACACAUACUCGUACGUCACCGUGGGCGAGUUCAUUGCUUUUGUGAUUGGCUGGAAUAUGGUGCUUGAAUAUCUGAUUGGUACGAGUGCCUGCGCACGAGCCCUGAGCGCCUGUUUCGACUCUCUCUGUGACGGUGCUAUUGCCAGGCACUUGGCAUCUAAAGUCGGAACUAUGUAUGGCAAACCACCGGAUUUCUUAGCUUUUGGAAUCACACUAAUGAUGACCAUGGUGCUCGUUGCGGGCGUUAAGAAAUCCCUCUUCUUCAACAAUGUUCUAAACGCCAUCAAUCUAAGUGUAUGGGUGUUUAUAAUGACUGCUGGGCUAUUUUACGCCGAUACUAGUAAUUGGACACAACAUAAAGGCUUCUUACCUUAUGGUUGGUCUGGGGUAUUUAGUGGAGCAGCGACUUGCUUCUACGCUUUUAUCGGCUUUGACAUUAUUGCAACUACCGGAGAGGAAGCGAAUAACCCAAAACGCUCCAUUCCCUUGGCCAUUGUCCUUAGUCUUGGAAUCAUUUUGCUCGCCUACGUCAGCAGCUCCAUGAUGCUCACUUUGAUUGUGCCAUACAAUGAAGUGGAUAUGAACUCAGCAUUAGUGCAGAUGUUUUCGUAUGUGCAUGCACCAACUUGCAAGUACAUCGUCGCACUCGGGGCCCUCGCUGGCUUGACGGUCUCCAUGUUUGGCUCCAUGUUCCCUAUGCCGCGUGUUGUGUACGCAAUGGCCCAGGAUGGACUGAUUUUCAGGCAAUUGGCUGCCGUCUCUGAGACAUCUGGAACACCUGCAUUGGCGACCAUUUGCGGUGGGAUUGCAGCUGCCAUGGUCUCUCUUCUUAUCCAACUAGAGGUGUUGGUGGAAAUGAUGAGCAUCGGUACUUUACUGGCUUAUACGCUGGUUUCAACCUGUGUCCUGGUUCUCCGCUACCAACCCCACUCGAACAAUCUGAUCGAACUGCUGCCUCAAAGUUUGCGCACACCCGUCGAGCCUGAAGGAACUGCAUCCACUCAAUGUGAGACUACCUUUUCCGGACAUGGCCAGACUCACAUUAUGCCUACCACCCAGCGCGUUAUGGUGCGUCGAGUUACUCGAAGCUCUCCUGACUCAGACGACACUUUGCCCGGCGACGAGAGUGAGGAAUACGGUCGCGACGACACCUUCCUAGUUAAUUCCAACACGGAGAACAAGUUUUAUGGUGCAGUGCCCGGUGGGUGCUCUGUUGGAACGUCUCGCUGUGCUCGUUUCUUCGACGCUAUCUAUCGCCGGUUACACGCAAUGUCUUAUCUUUGCCCUGGUCUUCUUCCUUGGAUUGACUGCGGACCCGCCACUGAACAAUCCGGCAUGUUUGUCAUCAAGGCUGUGGGAAUAAUGUACGUGCUGGUGAUCUUUUUCGACUUACUUGCGGCUUACGGUAGCCCUGGAGAGUCGACAUUCGUUUCCGUGCUCAUGAUCUUGCUCAUUUUGACCAUCAUUUUUAUUCUUCUCGCCAUCUCGCGGAAACCUCAAAAUCGAGUUGCUCUGAUUUAUGCUACACCUGGUCUUCCCUUCGUACCGGCGACAGCGAUCAUCGUCAACAUUUAUCUUAUCCUUAAUCUCUCAAUUUUGACCUUAGUGCGAUUCACUAUUUGGAUGAUAUUAGGACUGAUCAUGUACUUCAAAUAUGGCAUCAAGAAUUCAAACCUAGAGACAAACCCUCUAAAGCCCCGAGCCCCAACCCCGCCGCUCCCCAACCCCUUGGACCGCACAACCCUUCCACCGUCCACGCAACCUGCUCCCACUGGUGACCGAAAUAUCUUCGAAGGUGACGGCGUUGGACUUUAUGGUAGCCAUGAUCAAUAUUCGGAUCCCUUACUUGCUUGGCAUGUAGCUGACUUGGAACCCGUACAAUCGACUAGCCGAGGCUUCUCUGGCAACUCUUCCUAUAUGCAGGUCGAGUCUCGGUACAAUGAAAGGACGAAUCGGACCACCUCUCACACCUCCAGCCGGCCACCGUGGGCCUACCCCGACGUUACCUACGAAUCAUGGAAUGAG